AUCCGUCCGAUGACGAUCGUUAAACCGUCACAGCUCUCUCUCUCCGGCGGAUCCUCGCCGCUAUGUUCACUCAAAGGAUCACUCCUCACCGUCGCCGUUCUCACUUUCGUCUCCCUCUUCUACCUCUCUCUCAAUUCCUUGCGCACUUCGCCGCCGUCUCUAGGACCGAUUCAGGUUCCUCAGACCUUCGUGAAGGAAGACAGUGGAGUUAAUACUGAUAACGACGGCGCACCGGCUGAGGAAGAUCAUUAUUCCGAUGUUUAUCACUCGCCGGAGUCGUUCAGGUUGAAUUACGCCGAGAUGGAGAGGAGAUUCAAGGUUUACAUAUACCCCGACGGGGAUCCCAACACGUUUUAUCAGACGCCGAGGAAAGUCACCGGAAAAUACGCCAGCGAGGGUUACUUCUUCCAGAACAUCAGGGAGAGUCGAUUCCGCACCCUAGAUCCAGAGGAGGCGGAUCUCUUCUUCAUCCCCAUUUCUUGUCACAAGAUGCGAGGCAAAGGAACAUCAUAUGAAAACAUGACUGUGAUUGUUCAGAACUACGUUGAUGGGUUGAUAUCUAAGUACCCUUAUUGGAACAGAACCUUGGGAGCUGAUCACUUCUUCGUCACCUGUCACGACGUUGGUGUUAGAGCAUUCGAAGGAUCUCCGCUCCUGAUUAAGAAUACGAUUAGGGUUGUGUGCUCACCGAGCUACAACGUCGGUUUCAUUCCCCACAAAGAUGUUGCUCUGCCCCAAGUUCUUCAGCCAUUUGCACUCCCUGCCGGUGGAAAUGAUGUUGAAAACCGGACGACGCUUGGUUUUUGGGCGGGUCAUCGGAAUUCGAAGAUACGGGUGAUACUAGCCCGUGUGUGGGAAAACGACACAGAGCUCGAUAUAUCGAACAACAGGAUCAACAGAGCAACGGGGCAUCUAGUAUAUCAGAAGAGAUUCUACCGGACUAAAUUCUGCAUUUGCCCCGGCGGUUCUCAGGUCAACAGCGCUCGCAUUACCGACUCCAUCCAUUACGGAUGCAUCCCUGUUAUAUUGUCAGACUACUACGACCUCCCUUUCAACGACAUUCUAAAUUGGAGAAAAUUCGCGGUUGUACUCAGGGAGCGAGAUGUCUAUGACCUGAAGCAGAUCCUCAAGAACAUACCACAAGCUGAGUUUGUUUCGUUGCAUAACAACUUGGUCAAGGUGCAGAAGCAUUUUCAGUGGAACUCACCUCCUGUCAAGUUCGACGCAUUUCACAUGAUCAUGUAUGAACUAUGGUUACGCCACCAAGUCAUCAAGUACUGA